AUGCCUACCUGGAGUCAACGUAACAUCAUCAACUGGGUGCGUCUUUACGAACCCGACUGGACAGAACCCAACAGCGGCUCCGAUGGCGUCAAUUACUGGGCGAACAAGGUGCUGUUAUGGGAUGCGCUAUCAGAGGAUCUGCCCACAGAGAACACUAUCGGAUUUUAUGGAGAAGACCUGUUGAAGGCUGUCGCUAUGAAAGUAGAAUCUAAUGAAAACAGUACAGGGUACAAGAAGGCUGAGAGCUUGAUAUCGAAGAUGCUUGCACAGAGAGUACUGCAAAAGAUCACUCAUAGAAAGGGCUUGACGCACUCACUUCACUGUCGGACCUUGCUGGGCAUGCCAGAGAACUAUGUCAAAGAUGGUGAUCCGGUUACCUUUGGAGAGCUAUUGAGAUAGGGCAGUGUUCGUUUUAAAAAGACAAGAGAGAUGGAGUACGUCGAAGCGCCUGCUGUUU